AUGUCGUCAAUCAUCCGCCUCCUCGUCAUUUCCGAUACUCACUCCACUUGGCCCUACACCCCAGACUGCCCUGCACCACCAUGCGACAUCCUCAUCCACUGCGGCGAUCUCACACAAGUCGGCGGUCUUCCCGCAUACAAAAAGGCUAUGCAAGACAUUCAGACCGUCGACGCAGAGCUCAAACUCAUCAUCGCCGGCAACCAUGACCUCGAUCUCGAUGAAGAGUGGGUGCGCAAGAACGCUGAAGAUGGAGAAGAGGAAGAAGAUAUAGAAGACAGUGGGAAAUGUGUCAGUUUCAUGAAGUCGCACGAGAAAGAGGGUGUAUACUACCUGGAAGAGGGUAAACAUGACUUCAAGCUGGAGGAUGGAAGGAGCUUCAGUGUCUGGGCGAGUCCGUAUACGCCGGAGUUCAAUGGGUAUGCGUUUGCGUACGGAGAAGACGAGAAUCGCUUCCGCGACAUACCCGAAGACAUCGACAUCUUGAUGACACAUGGACCGCCUUCAUUCACUGACGAACUCGGCUACGGUCUCGAUGUCAAUGUGAAAGGAAAGAGCUGUGGAUGCAAAAUGCUAGGCGAUGCAGUAAAGAGAGUGAAGCCAAGAUUGCACUGUUUUGGGCAUGUACACGAAGGGAGAGGUGCUGUGAAGAUGCAGUGGUCUGAGACGGGAAAUGGGAAUGGAAGAGUGAAGAUGCUGCCCGGUGAUGGGAGAGUUCUUAGCAUUAGCAAAGAACUGGAGAGGACCAGAUCUGUGCUAGUGAACGCGGCGGUAUGGGGUGAAACAAAAGGCUGGACUAUCGACCUCGACAUAUAA